CCCAUUGGCCGGUUUUUUCUUUAGGGCGGGACUAGCGCGAAAUUCAAACGUCGAGGUUGGGAUUUCCUGGAUCCAUCUUUGUGUGAGAGAGCUGAGCGAAGGAAAACAGUGCCGUCGAUUCAUUGUGAGAGGAUCUUCCUACAGCAUUUUAACACAGAGGUGUUCAUGGCAACUCAUCAGCAAUUAAGGCGGACUACCGUCCACCGGGUCUCUGCGAAUGCACCACAUAGAGUACGGGUUUGUGUGCGAUUGCGCCCGGCUGUGGGAACUGGAGAGGGUCAAGAUGCCCCAUGUGUUCGUGGUGUGGACUCCCAUUCCUUGGAGAUACUUAACUGGAGAAAUGAAAUGAAGACGAUGAAAUACCAGUUUGAUGCUUUUUAUGGAGAAUCAGCCACUCAACAUGACAUCUAUAUGGGGUCAGUUCAACCUAUCUUGAGCCAUUUACUGGAGGGGCAAAAUGCCAGCGUUCUGGCUUAUGGCCCCACUGGAGCAGGCAAGACACAUACUAUGUUAGGAAAUCCACACCAACCAGGAAUGAUACCGCGAGCUCUUCGCGAUGUCUUGAAGAUGACAAGAGAUGCCUCAGUGGAUGGGAGGAAAUACUCAGUUUCUAUGUCAUAUCUUGAAAUAUACCAGGAGAAAGUUUUGGAUCUCCUUCAGCCAUCCCUUCAAGACUUGCCAAUCCGGGAGGACCGCAACCACCACAUCCUGGUGCCAGGCCUGACUCAGCGAGAGAUCACCAGUUUUGCUGACUUUGAGAGCCACUUUUUGCCUGCCAGCUGCAAUCGGACAGUGGCAUCCACACAACUGAAUGAACGCUCCAGUCGGAGUCAUGCUGUGUUGCUGGUGUGGGUGAGCAGAACAGAAGGCUGGCCGCCAUCUGCACGCCGGGCUGCCAAACUUUGCCUUAUUGACCUAGCUGGCUCAGAGGACAACCGUCGGACUGGUAACAAAGGCCUGCGUCUGAAGGAGAGUGGUGCCAUCAACACCUCACUUUUUGUCCUCAGCAAGGUGGUUGAUGCCCUCAACCAGGGCCUACCUCGAAUACCCUACAGAGACAGCAAACUUACCCGUCUUCUCCAGGAUUCUCUAGGUGGUAGCGCUCACAGCGUGAUCAUUGCAAACAUUGCACCCGAGAAGAAGUAUUAUUUUGACACACUGACAAGCCUCAAUUUUGCUGCCAAAUCCAAGCAGGUCAUGAACAAACCUUUCACACAAGAAACACUGCCUGAGAUUGAAGCUUCCAAGAGACCUUAUGAAGGUAGCAGCAAUGCUGGUCCUGAGGCAAAGAGACUUCGCAUAGAGGAGGAACAACCAAAAGUGGUUGUGGAGAAGCCACUCAGUUCUGUGCUGCCUCUAAAGGACCUGGACCCAUCUGUGGUUGAACGGCUGCUACGAAUAGAGGCAUUGGAAAAAGAGACCACUGGAGCUGGAAGUCGUGGGGCGCUCCUCGUCAACACACCGCGCAAGGAGCGCAUUGCUAUUUUGAAACAGUUGGAUGAGACUAUGCGUGAGCUGAAGAGUUUGAAAGAAAAACAUCAGGAGCUGCAAGCCAUGACCCAGCAGAAAAAAGCACUUGCCCCCCGACUGCCUGCCAGGCCCAGGAAACAGGCAACUGUGUUGCCUCUCCAGAAAGUGGAGGAAGCUGACAAAUCUCAAAAGGCAGAGGCAGAAGAAGAGGAAAGCAUUGCCCUCAUAACGCAGAAGAACAAUCGAAAGAGGAAGGCUUUGGGUUUUGACUCUGAAAAUGAGGCUCCCCCUGAGUGGGAGAUGAAGGUACGCCCUGAUCUUCUGGCUUGCGGCAAAAAAAACAUAUUGGACCUUCUGAACAAAGGCUCUGAAAAGGAUCUCAUGAGCCUACAUUACAUCGGCAAGAAGAAAGCUCAGCUCAUUGUAGGCUGGAGAGAAAUCUAUGGAUCGUUUGAGAAGGUAGAGGACCUUGGAAAGGUCUAUGGCAUCUCCCUUAAGCAAGUAGCAUCCUUUGUGAAGGCAAAUAUUUUGGAACAUUGUGGAAAAAUUAGUAACCAGAUCUGAUCUACAGAACUCCUGCCCUAUAUCCUUGUUGUGACUGGUUUUCCAUUUUGUUUAGCUUCAGUUUAAUAUACUGAUAUAUGUGUGUGUGUGAAAGAGAGAGACAUCUCAAAUUGUUCUGCUACUUUGCUGGCAAUUUAUUUUGUAAAUAAGACAAGGUCCAUAAUGCAACGAAGAGAAGAAUAGUUUUUAUACAGGAAAGUGAGGCAAAAAGAUGCAUCUGUAGCAAGGCUACUAAAUAGUACCCCUCCAGAUUUUUAUUAGAUUAAAAUUGCUGAUGUCAGCAGAGAUUGAUAUGGGGGAGAGGUCCAAGAAGAACCACAGGAAAAUUGUUUCUACAGAAAGCAAGGGUAAAAGAAAUGCAUCCAGAGUUUUAAAAAGUUACAUUUUUGGAUUAUAAUGCCUUGAAUCCCCGAGGCUCUGUGGAACAUAUGUGACAGAAGAUUCUGGGAGUUCUCAAUACCCAAUGCAGCUUUUCUAAGGUUUGGGUGAUGUAUGCAACCAGCAUCCAGAGGCAAAAAGGCAAUGUGGCUAUUUCUCUGCAUGACGAAAGACUGAGACAUUCAAAUUAGUGCUGGUUUAACAAAUCAGAAUGGCACAUAUUGAGAUGGAUGUGAGGCUUUAAUUUUUUUAUUUAUUUAAAAAUAAAAUAGAUUUAAAAAAUAAAAUAAAAUACACAGAACUAAGAUUAAAAUACAGUAAACAUGAGGCAUGAGUUUAAAAUGCAUGUUAAAAAUUGAAUAAACAGGCAUGCCGGAAGAGAUAAAUCUGCUGGAAAAUAUUUUGUAAUCCUAUUUGUAAAGAAUGUUUCUAUUUCUGGUUUGUGAUUUUAUUAUACUUUUUAAUUUUAAUAAAAUAUAUACAAUACA